GCAUGACUAUGUAGCAGAAGGCUAUUCAGUGAAUAAAUUAAACGGGCUUGUCGAUGCUGACAUUAGUUUGUUCCUAAGAGACGGCACUGUCCAUGAUGGUUCUGUGAAAGAACUUGUAGCAGAAUUUGUUGAAGGAAUAUCUAAAGUUCAGAGGCUUUUUUUAUCUUAUUAUGAUCCCACGAAGGUCAGAUCGGUCAGCUCAGUUUGCCAUGAUGAUUUCUUCUAUUUUUUUGAUGCUCAUAUGUACAUUUUGGACUAUUUUUGACUUGCUUCAAAUUUUAAUUGACUUUGUUUUCUUUUUGCAUGAAGACCCUUCAGUUGUGCAGGUUCCGCUGCCAAAGUUUGACCAUUUGACUUGUUUGGAGAUUGGUUGUAAUGUUGCAUGGAAUUCGCUACUGGAUUUUCUUGAAAGCUCUCCGCAACUGGAAAAGCUUAGUUUUGCGGGACUACCUUUACAAGAGGAAGUCGAGGAAAACCAGACAACAUAUAGUUGGUAUCCACCUGAGAACGUGCCUUCUUGUUCAUUAUUUCACCUAAAGGUCAUUUACAUUUGGUGGUUUAAAGGGGAAAUUGAUGAGCUGAAAAUGAUAGAGUAUUUCUUGAAGGAUUCAAAAGUUCUAAAGAGAUUAUUGAUUCAUCCUUGUAUUGAUACAAAGUCGUCUGGUAUUAACAUAAUAGCAGAAAUGUUACCCAGGGGCUCUGAGAAAUGUCAAGUUUUGUUUUUUUGAUAUAUUCUUUUGAGCUCUAUGUUCUAUGGUUUGGGGAAUGUGUGUGAUUUAAGAUAUUCUUUUUGUUUACCUUUUUGGUUCUGCUUUUAAGCAGUUUAAUAUGUAUAAAAUUUAAGCUGUUUUCCUUCCAAGUCACUUUUCUCUAUAGGCUGGAGUUUAUUCCUUCAAUGUUCAACUCAUAUUAUGCAAAUAAUACUUUACAGUGGAAGCUUACA